AGAGGCAGGACGCGGACGCACAGGUUUAGUGACACCAGUACACACACUUCUGGGGGGGGAAAUGACAUUCUGAAACAGGAUCAAGAAGAACACUGACCAUGGAUGCUAUUCUGUCGUGUUUGCGAAACUUUUCGGAUAUUUUAUUGUUUAUAUCUGCACUAACCUGCAGUAACUUGCAUGAUAUAUAUUUUUUCUCUAUUUUUUCAUUUACAGAAACAUGUUUCUGAAACAAAUUGACUGACCAUAUUUUUUUCGAGAUGGUUUACGACCUUGGACGCAUCACGCAAGCAUGUUUUGUUGUUAAAGCAAUAUGAGGAUAGAAAAGUGGUCCAGGCUGAUAUGAGAAUUAAAUAUAAAAAGCACCAGUCCGUGUGCCGAUGUCUGCUAUGGAGCACUUCAAUCCUCCUCCAACAAAUUAUGACUUGGACUCGAAUGUCUCCACCAACGCUUCAGAUGCGUCAAAAACUGCCGCAAAAGAGCCAAGUAUGGCUUUCCAGGCGACUGUAGGCUCUGUUCUCGGUGCCAUUACGCUCGCCACGACUCUCUCCAACGCGUUCGUGAUCGCGACCAUUUCCCGCUCGAGGAAACUGCACACGCCUGCAAACUUCCUGAUCGCAUCCCUGGCUCUCACCGACCUCCUUGUGUCCGUGCUGGUGAUGCCCGUGAGUGCGCUCUACACAGUGAGCCACACGUGGACGCUGGGCCAAGUCGUGUGCGACAUCUGGCUGUCGUCGGACAUCACCUGUUGCACGGCGUCUAUACUUCACCUGUGCGUAAUCGCCUUGGAUCGCUACUGGGCAAUCACGGACGCGGUGGAGUACGCGAAAAGACGCACGACAAGUCGCGCAGCAGCCAUGGUGGCCACAGCCUGGGUGAUCGCCAUCUCCAUCAGUUUGCCACCGUUUUUUUGGCGCCAGGUGAAAGCUGGAGAAGUGACGAGCUGCGAGGUAAACACGGAUCACCUCUUUUACACCAUCUACUCCACGUUCGGCGCUUUCUACAUCCCUACACUUUUACUCAUCGCUCUGUACGGGAGGAUCUACGUGGAGGCCAGGCGGCGGAUCUUAAGACAGUCGCCCAAAAAGUUUGGGAAGCGACUCACCUCGGCGCAGCUGGUCUCAAACUCACCAGGAUCGGCGUCUUUGACCUCGGCACGGCAGGACGACGCCGGCUCGGUGGCCAGCGACAGCCAGAUCAAAAUCACAGUUUCCGACUCGCUUUUGGAGAAAAAGAGGAUUUCUGCGGCCAGAGAAAGGAAAGCCACGAAAACCCUGGGCAUCAUAUUAGGAGCGUAUAUAGUUUGCUGGCUGCCGUUCUUUAUCUACACCCUGCUGGUGCCCCUGUGCCCUUCAUGCCCUGCGUACCCAGAGUUAUUCGACUUCUUUACUUGGCUCGGCUACCUCAACUCUCUCAUCAAUCCCAUCAUAUACACAAUGGCGAACGAUGAAUUUAAAACGGCUUUCCAAAAGCUCAUAAGCUUUCGAUGUUGUGUGUCCUGAUGUGAAAAUUCAGGCGGAAAAAAAAGAGAAAAAAAAAAACACUGAUGCUGGAUUAAAUCAACAUUUACAUAGUCAAAGACUCAGGCGUCUUCUUGUCCGACUUAUGCAUCAUCCAGUGCAAACAGUAUACAGCAAAGCAUGCAGCAGUAUUGUGUGUGUGUGUGUGUGUGUGUGUGUGUGUGUGUGUGUGUGUGUGUGUGUGUGUGUGUGUUGCACUGUGGUCAUUUUGCAUUUUAAAAAAUCACGGUAAAUAACUAUUAUAUCAUUGCUGCUAAGCAACCGGCGAAUAUUGAAUUGAAACAAAUCACUGACCGCUGAAUCAUCGGUGCAGCUACAAUGCAGUGUAAUAUUUUACUCCAUCUUUUCAUCCAUCCUUGUUUUCCAGUGUCCUUGCUUGAUACAUUUCUAAUUGCUAAAUAUCUGAACAGUUCAAUAAAAUAUGUCUAGUGGCAAAUAAGACAAUGUGAAGAAGAGAAUUCACAUCAGGAUGUGUAACGACCUUUGGUGAGAAAAAAAUAUGAAUUCAUAACUCAAGUAAACUGUUUUCCCAUCUGUAAACAAUGUUUGUCAUAUGUGUGUUGAUUCAGUUUGGCCUGUGUGUAUUGAAUUAAAAUGUCAGCAAAUCAGUUUAAUUCAAUGAAAAGUCAUAUUA